ACAUUUUAAUUAGACUUCGAACAAUGGUCACCUUCCCUUUAUAAAAUAUCAUCAAAAACCAAUUGGCGUGAGGCAGCUGGGACUGGUUCGAGAGUUGGUCGAUUCGUUAAUUGUUGCCAUCAAGUAGUGUAGGAGAUGAAUUCCUGGACUGUUGGGCGUUCGAUAUUAUCGGCAAUAUCAGAACACAUGCCUGUGUGGACAAGGCCUAUGCUGUAUGUGGCCGUGUAGAACUCCGUGCAGUUUGAGAGUGGCUUCCUUUUUACGGAAAAAGGAACCUUGAUUCUUUUGUGAUUUAAAACGUUUACAUCAGAAUUAAGUCAAGGAAUAUUAAUACUAAUGAUGGUAUUUCUGGAAUAAUAACAAGGCUACUUUCAUAUUUAUAUCUUUGAUAUUGGAAUCGUGAAUGAAGACACUGCGAGGUGAAGAUGAACCACUGAAGAUGGACCAUGAUCCACGGAAUAGUCUCUGCGCCCCACCCCUGGGGAUUAGAGCAGUAAAGCAUUGCUGUAAUUGCAACAAGAAGGCAUCAUGGCGAGUGUAUAUACUGUUGUAUACCUUUGUGAUCUACAUAACAUAUCAUAUGUCCAGGCUGCCCAUUAGUAUAGUAAAGAGUGUCCUACAUAGAAAUUGUACCCGAGGGGAGUUUGAAGAGUUAUUGAAUAAAAGUGCGCUCACAUAUCCUAACACAUCUGCUGCAAAAGAUGAGAUUCUUAUGAAAAAAUGCAGUUGGGUCCCGUUUGAGGGGUCAAAUUAUGAGGAACUUUAUGGAACUCUCGAUUAUGCUUUCCUUCUAUGCUAUGCACUAGGCCUGUUCAUAAGUGGACAGAUCGCCGAGCGGACUCAUAUCCGUUAUUUCCUCACUGCUGGCAUGAUCUUCAGCGGGUUCUUUGUGAUAUUAUUCGGUCUAGGUCACGUUUGGCGGAUACACAGCUUCGCUUAUUAUCUCACAGUUCAGAUACUCGGCGGUUUCGCCCAAUCAUCAGGCUGGCCGUGUGUGGUCACGUGUGUCGCUAAUUGGUUCGGUGAUACAAAAAAAGGUUUGAUUCUCGGCAUCUGGAACACGCAUAUAAACAUAGGGAACAUCCUUGGUGCGCUGGUGCCGGGGAUAUGGGUAAAGACUGAUUGGGGCAUGUCGUUCAUGGUGCCAGGUCUGCUGAUUAUGUGUAUGGGAGUGACGGUCUUCUUUUGGAUUGUACCAUAUCCAGAAGAAUUGGGUUUCAACGGAACAUCAGCAGUCACAGAGGAAGUGCCACUGAAAGAUGCGAAAACUCAGCCAAAGGAUGAUAAACCGAGUGAAGAGUCUUCCCUUAUUAAGAAGGAUGAACAGAAGGCAAUCUCUAUUUUGGGAGCGCUUAGAAUACCCGGAGUGGUGGAAUUCUCCAUCGGCCUUUUCUUCAUCAAACUUGUCAGCUACACAUUCUUGUUCUGGUUGCCAAAGUAUAUCUCAUCUGGCGGGACAGUGAGGAUCGACCCCCAGACAGCAGCAUCACUCACUGCCCUGUUCGAUGUCGGAGGGAUGUUUGGAGGCAUUCUGAUUGGAUUGCUGUCAGAUAUACUGGGAAUAAAGGCCAUUCUCUGUGUAGUAUUUCUCUUAUCUGCUGCCUGGCCCAUGUUUCACGUCUAUCAGAUCGACGGUUCGACAAGCCAAGGUCUUUAUGCCGCAUUUCUAAUAAUCACGGGCCUUUUGGUGAACGGGCCAUACGCCCUCAUCACGACCGCAGUGUCAGCGGAACUUGGGAACCACCCGUGCCUUCAGGGCAAUGCUAGGGCCAUGUCCACUGUAGCUGCUAUCAUAGACGGGACUGGAUCUCUAGGUGCGGCUUUCGGACCCCUCAUCACCGGCAUCAUUGCUACGUAUGGAUGGAACAAGGUGUUUGCUAUGCUUAUUCUCUCGGACCUCGUGGCGGCUCUGAUGUUAAUGCGGCUAUUCGUGAGCGAGGCAAAAGACGGUUACGUGCGAUUUAAAAACUGGAAGCGAAAACGGAAAGAAGGCAAAGAGAACCAGGAUACAACACCACUGGAAGAAGACAGUCAGGAUAUCCGGUCGAGUGCGGAGUUAGGAGAAAAUGAAAGCAGUAAAGACAGAUAGUAGUCACUUUGUGUGUGCCGUAUUCAGGUUGUGUAAGACUUCUGUCAAGGUUCUCAUCUUAUCCUAUAUCAUUGUACCCUGGUGGACGAGUAACAAGAACUGUAUCUCUUCUACUACUGGUUUCAAUGCCCAAUGGGAAUCGACAACUACAGCUUCCUUGAUGUUCCGACUGUUGUUAAAUGCUACAAGCAGAGGAAACAAUGUGAUACAGUUUACAUGUUGGUCUACUGAUUCUACUUGUCAUAUUUAACUGUUUUACCUGUGAUGAAGGAGGAUAGGGCGGUAAUCGUAUUGAUUUCUAUCUAGUCCUACGUAAGGCUGUGAUAGCGGCAUGUAUGCAUAAUAGUAGGAGGUUCUUAUGCUAUCAGAAUGCGUCAGUGAGAUAUCGUGGUUCUUGCUGUUGUUGUAACUAUACGUCGUGGUAUUUUUUGUUUCUUUUAGUUUGGUUUUUGGUGGCUUUCAAUGAACUAAAAUUCCUGGCUCUCUUUACUACACAACGCAUAAAUACAUUCGAGAGUCUGUCGGAUGAGACUAAAAGCCGUCGUCCCUUGUACCUCAGUUUCUAUGCCAGGGCAAGUAAAAUAUCAGAUAUGGGUGAGAGUGUUUAGAGUUAAGAGUUUAGAGUUGUACAGUACUUGUGAAUAAAGUGUACAUUGUUGUUUUGAAA